AUGGGGGAAAAGAUUACUGAAGAGCAAGUCGCAAACUUACUGGCUAUACUACGAACGGACGCUUCUACCGAUGCGAAGGUCCAUCAGGUCAACAAUGUCAAAUCAAGCAUCAAGCAGCACAAUGUCCCGGAUGCAUGUGUGCCCUCCCUCUUCGAGGCUACCCGUGCCGCGAUGACAUCCCCGCAUGCCGCGCUGGCCAAUGCUGGAUUCUCUACGCUCAAUCAUCUCCUUACAAGACUGUCUCGUCAGGAACCAAAGUAUCUUGUCAAGGAAGCUUCGCGGACAUUACCACUGGUGGUCGAGAAGAUGGGAGAUCAGAAGGAGAAAUACAGGAUACUUGCUGUGCAGUGCUUGACGACCUUUUGGAAGGUUUCUCCCUUGGAUGUGGAGCGGAUAAUUAGGAACGCCGGUCUAGUCGGCAAGAAUCCAAGGAUGAAGGAGUCUUCCAUGAAUUGGCUUGUCCAGAUGCAUCGGGAAAAUGGAAUGCCGUUCAAGGCAUUCGUAUCAACAUUGAUGGAAUUGCUGGAGGAUGCAGAUGGUAUGGUCAGGGAUACUGCUCGAAAUGUAGUCAUUGAGCUGUUCAAAAAUGCUCCCAACGCGGCAAAAUCCGAUUUAAAGAAACAAUUGAAGGUCUUUAACGUCCGUCCAGCGAUAGUAGCGGCAAUUACCCCUCAUUUAGGACCGGGAGGCCCGCCAGAACCAGAACCAGACAUUAGUGAAGCUCCCUCACGAUCACAACUUGCAACCAACGCUUCCUCAAUCUCUAGCGUCAGACCGGCAACGCCAGCCCUGGAAAUAAAAGUCGAACAUGUGGAACCGUCAUAUGUUAAUACCCAAAGAGAAUUGGACGAGAUCUUCAAGGAAAUGCACGAGUUCUUUGAGGGAAAAGAAUCGGAGCAAAACUGGUUAAAGCGAGAGCAGAGUUGCACCAAAAUUCGCAGGCUGAACGCUGGCAAUGCACCUAGCGAUUUCCGGGAUGCGUUCCUCGCCGGUAUCAAGGGUCUCCUGGACGGGAUAUUAAAAGCUGUGAACUCCCUCAGAACGAGUCUGUCAAAGGAAGGUUGCAGCGUUAUUCAAGAAGUUGUGAGGAAUGUUGGACCAGGAUUCGAUCCCAUGGUAGAAAUCCUUCUACAGAAUCUGAUCAAACUCUGUGGCGGUACGAAGAAGAUUAGUUCCCAGCAGGGAAAUGCGACGGUCGAUAUAAUUAUCAGUAAGGUCUCCUACAGCCUUCGGAUCAUGCAACAUAUCUGGGCGGCAUGCCAAGAUAAGAAUGUGCAGCCAAGAACUUACGCUACUGGGUGGCUCAAAACGCUGCUGAAGAAGGAGGCGCAUCAUAAGAGUCAUGUCGAGCACAGUGGGGGUCUUGACUUGAUUGAAAAAUGCAUUAAGAAGGGACUCACAGAUGCAAAUCCUGGCGUAAGGGAGAACAUGAGAUCAACGUACUGGACAUUUGCUCAGAUUUGGCCAGCCAAGGCUGAAGUGAUCAUGGCGUCACUCGAGGCAACUCAGCAGAGGCUACUAGAGAAUUCUCCCGACAAUCCGAACUCACCCAAGAAGACAGAGGCUGUCGGUCCUCGACCUGGCCUAGGCUUCUCGAAGAGCACAGCAGGACCACCAAAGCCCUCCCUCAGAGAAGCCAUGGCAGCCCAAAGGAAGGCAGCUCUAGCUAAUAAGAAUCUACCAGCGCGGCCUGGCUCUGCAAUGUCAUCAUUCUCACCAAUGCGAACCGUCUCAUCAUCUUCAACAGCACCGACAUCGUCAGCUUCAGAAGCCGCUCCAGUCAGAAUACGUCCUGAAUCCACCUCGGUAGCUCAUGGUGGCCUUUCUGUAGCGCCCAUGCGGCCUACGAAGUUUCGAGCAAAACCUGAGGUAUCAAGACCUGAGAUAGUAAGGCCAGCCACCGCAGGUCCAUACUCUGUGAGGAGACCGGGUCAUGCUCCUACUAGUAGUGACUCUGCUACGACCAUCAGCCCAUCAGCUGGUAAAUCAUUAAAAGCCGGAACACCGAGUACCAAUACCGCCAGUACCACCAGUCCUAAGAAAGUCCCUACAAGACCCAACACGAGCCAUUCGAGCUAUGCCAGCCAAUCCAGUCAUACGAGUCCAGCCAGGAGUACAGCUAGUAGGGUUGCACCUUCACCACGGUCUAGCCCGGCCAAAGUGAAGUCUACAGCCAAUCCGUAUGGAUCGUCAAGCCCUUCAAAGGCUGACGAAGACCUUACAAUGGUAGUACCGACUCUUACCGGGCUGAGAGAACCCAACGACACAGGCGUUUCGAAGAUAGUUGACUCAUCACCUGUUGAUGAGCUUGUUACUCCAUUGAAAUCUAUGAGAGUGUACGAGGACCCCUUUUCAAGUACUGACGACCAAACAACACCACGGCCAACCUUGAAUGUUCCUGUGCUGGAAGAGGUCCCUGUCAAUGAGGAUGCUUCCAAGUUGGUUAGAAACGGUGUAACUACGACCGACCCGACAAAGGCCCCACCGAUGUCUCCCGAGCGCUCCAAACAGAACUCUCGGCUCCUUGACAGUGGUAUCACGAAAAUCAAGGCCCAGUCUUUGGAUGUCCAUGGUUUCCGCAAGCUCCAAGGUGUGAUCCGAGAUAACAAAGCGGUCUGGACAGAUGGCAAGUUUGACAUCUUACUCCUUGGCCUCUUCGAGUACCUCGAGGCACCACAAACGUCUCUCUCACCGGAUAAAGUACAGGAUGUCAAGGCCCAAAUCUUGGCAACGAUCAAUCUUAUGUAUAGGAAGGAUCGCGAAGCAUUUGUGCCUCACGUUCCAAAGGGUCUUGAAUCCAUUCUGGUCGCGCGCAGCUGUUACGACGCCCGGGCACACAUCGUCAGUGGACUUGAACUCCUCGCUGACGAUCUCGUCACACUUGCCGAUCCGCAGAAGACGAUGGAUACGAUUAUUACACAGCUCCGCGACGAGCAGAUGUCGCUCGAAGGCUGCAGAACAUUGAGCAUGGGCUUACACAUGUUGAAGGAGUUGCUGGAUGUCAAGACAAAAUUUGCGCCAUCGGAGGAAGACUUGGGCGAUAUGUGCAGGCUCGCGGCGAGGUGCCUGGAGAGUUCUGAGUCGGGUGUUAGAAUGGAUGCCGUACAGCUGUGUGUCAGCCUGCAUGCGAGGCUGGGGGACAGCCGGUUCUGGGCUUUACUUGGUGGUGUGAGAGAUGAUCCCAAGAGUGUCAUUACUUACUACAUCGUCAAGAGGCAAAGGGAGGUGGCUGCAAGUCGCUGA